AGUGCAGUGAGGAUGGAGCUGCAGCCUUGAGAUGACAUAUCAACAGAAGUGGACGUAAUUUUGGACAAAAAGACAAGCAAUCAUGAGGGACAGAUUGGAUCAUCUUCAGACCAUUUCAGAGUCUAAUAGCCAGCUAGAGGAGGUGGAAUCAGACUCUUUCAGCAAUGUGGACCUGGAGGAGGAUUUCAGCCAACAGGCAGUCAUUUAUGACAACAGUGAUGAGAUGGACUCUGUGCUCGAUGAGGCUCAAGACACUAGACGUGAGAUUCAGUUCAUCCGCCUGGAGGUGAAGCGUCUCAGGGACCAAAACACACGUAUACUUAGCGAACCGACUCGUACAACUCACGUAAAGCAGGAUGCCAAUGUCAUCGUAGGAGACAUCAAGACCCGUGGACAGGACGUUCUGGCACGUCUACAAAAAAUGGACGCCCACGCCAAAGAGCUUGAAGAGGAGCAUGGCCUCAACUCAGCUGUGGCAAGAAUCGCCCGAACACAGUACGCCACCCUAAGCAACAACUUCCGAGAUGCAAUGACAGAGUACAAUGAUGCUGAGAUGAAUCACAAAGAAUCGUGCAAGCGUCAUAUUCAAAGGCAAAUGGAGAUUGUGGGCCGAGACGUGACAGGUGACCAGAUUGAGGAGAUGCUGGAGAAUGGUCAGUGGAACAUCUUCAAUGAUAACGUCAUGUCAGAAGGCAAAACGGCUCGUUCGGCGCUCAACCAGAUCGAGAGCCGACAUCGUGACCUGCUGGAUUUAGAAAGCCGACUCCAGAGCCUUCAUGAAGUGUUCCUGGAUGUGGCUAUGCUUGUAGAGGAACAAGGACCCAUGACAGACUACAUCUUAAACAAUGUUCAGAAAACAGAUGCUAUGCUUGGCGAAGUCCUUAUCAAACUGGGACGGGCCAAGAAACAUGACAAUAACAACCCAUUCAAGAAAAUGUUCUGUGGAUGCUAUCCAUGUGCUAAAAUCUGAUGAACAGUGAGGAGUUGUGCAUUGGAGGGCACAUUUUAAAAAUGGGUAAAGUCAGAGAUAUGUUGAGAAAACUAAGCUCUCUUGAGUGAUCAUUAAACCUGAUGCUACUGAAGUGAACAAUAACAUAUGAGAGCAAAUUAAACAACUAAAACAAACCAAAGAAAGACAGUCUGCACAACUUCACAACAUACAGUCCUUACUAUUUGCCUUCAUAAAAAAUGCCUUUUAAUUUGCAGUUUGAUACUUGUAAACACAUACUGUAAAUGCUAGAAAUUGUGUAAUAUUACAACAUAUGCAUAGGCUAUAAUUUAUUAACAUAAUUUACACUAUUAUAUCUUUCAUCAUUCUAAUGGUUGAACUAAAUAUGCACUUUCUAGACCCUUUUACAUUAAAUAAUCCGGAAUAUGAAGCAUUUGCCGUGUUUUGCCAUAUUUUC